CAUUUCUCAUCCCCUUUCUCCCCACCCGCCAGACCUCCCCCAGCAAGCCGGGUCCGGGUGUGGGCACCUGCUGCCUCUACUUCGCCGCGCCGCAGCCGCCCUCGCCCGAGGCCAUCCUGUACCUCAACGGGGAGGGAGGGCAGCAGCAGGGGCGGGAGGAGGGCGGUGAGGGGGCAGCCCCGCUGCUGGUGAACAACUGCUGCUUCCCGUCCACCGUGGCACCCUCGUAUGCGCCGCCGGGCCAGACGCUGGUCUCCGUGUCCACAAUCGGCACCCAGCCGCACCUGCCCGACCCGCAGCUGGAGGCGGCGGUGCGGCAGCAGCUGGGCGACUGGUUCGGGGGGCGGCAGGUGGCGACCUGGCGCCACCUGCGCACCUACCGCAUCCCCUUCGCGCAACCCAACCAGGUACGGCAGGGGGGCGGGAAAAGAGGAAACAUCUAACUGACCGUGUGAUAAGUCAUCAUCAUGGUUUGCAACAUGUGGAUUGGCGGGAGGUGGAUUGGCCCGUCCAACGGUAUAAGGUGGCGGGUAGCAACGCGUCCGAGAGAUAGGG